CGCGAGGUAUUAACGUUCUCAAUAAUUUGAUUUUAAUUAUAACAUUUGAAAAUCAGAAGAACAUUGAAAAGACAAAAAAAUAGCAUUCAGAUAUGAAUGUUCUUCUGCAGUCAAAUCAAAACAUAAAAAAAUGUAUUAGUGGGUGGAGGACACUAUAGUUCAUUUAUAUGAAGUGAGCAAAUUCUUCAUACAGUGGACUAGCUGUAGAUUAACUGCUAAUUUUGACCUUUACACCACAGACAAAAGCAAGCAUUGCUUGGUAACUGGUUAAAGUGUUUUUUAAAUUGUGUUUAUAAUUCUAUUAUUGAUAAAAGCCUAUUCUUGACUCUUUAACUCUGUAAAGUAGUGAUUUUCUUGGGCAAUAACGGUGAAAGUGUUCAGUCUCUGUAGUAAAUGUCGUUACACCCGACUUCGCCGUGUACUCCGAGACUUUGAAUCCCGAGCAGAGAAAUGUUGGACGUUCAAGAAAAAGAACGCUGUCCCUUUAAAAGGACGCCGAGGGCCGGUGACGUCACUUAGCUCCCCCUAGUAACCCUCGUCGGCGUCUCGGAAGAAACCUGGAGAAAGAUGGUGAGAAGUUACCUUCCUCUAGCCGCGUCUCGUGUGUUUCAUAAUGAGUUAGGGUUCAGGAAACUUAGAGAGUACGUGUCCGUCACCGGGCCUCGGAGCGUGCAGUGCGGGUCGUUAGCAGCAGGAACGGCUUUUCUGUGGGAGUGAGUCCUGACGGCUCAGCCGCGCUAAGGCUGUUAUCUGCUGCACCGCUACUUGUUCCCCCGGAUAUUUAAGCAGGAAUGGUUUUACUAAUUCAGUUAUCAUGUUAAUUACAGUGAACUAGGCACAACAACGAAAACCAAUGCGCCUGCCUACUUAUGUACAGACGUCUAUGCAUAAUACGUAAUAUUACAAAGGGUUUAUUAUCAAUUCUUAGAAAACUAAAGAGUGCCCCAGACCAGGAGGUACGCAUACUUCUCCUCGGAUUAGACAAUGGUGGAAAGACAACACUUCUCAAACAGCUCGCCUCUGAGGAUAUUAGUCACAUCACCCCAACACAGGGCUUUAACAUUAAGAGCGUACAGUCUCAGGGCUUCAAACUAAAUGUCUGGGACAUUGGAGGCCAGAGGAAGAUAAGGCCGUACUGGAGAAACUACUUCGAAAAUACGGACGUGCUUAUUUAUGUCAUAGACAGUGCAGACAGGAAGCGAUUUGAGGAAACGGGGCAGGAGUUGGCUGAACUGCUGGAUGAGGAGAAACUUAGCGGCGUACCUAUUUUGAUCUUUGCCAAUAAGCAAGACCUGCUGACUGCUGCUCCAGCGUCUGAGAUCGCAGAGGGACUGAACCUGCACACUAUUCGGGACCGCGUGUGGCAAAUUCAGUCAUGCUCCGCGCUUACAGGAGAGGGAGUUCAGGAUGGCAUGAACUGGGUCUGCAAGAACGUUACUGCAAAGAAGAAGCAGUAAGUCUAGUGUAUUUUUCGACAGCCGUUCAGGGAAUGUGAUGAGCAAGCUUUGUGGACCGUGUGGAUUCCCUACCAGCUCGUUCGGGUUAAAGGGAUACGAGGAGGUUCAGAGAACCUUUUCUUUUCUUCUCUCUUCUGAACCACCUCAGCCACUGCCUCUGUUCCCCCAUCACUGGUCUCACUCACAACCACUCCAUAAACACUGUGUGCAAUAGAAUAAAAAACUCUGAAUGAAUAAUGUCCAAUCAAAAACUAAAGUGAGUAUAAUAAGUGUUUUUUUCAUUAUUACUAUUACUAUUAUUAUUUAGUCAGUUUGGUCUUGGAAUCUAUUUCAAUAUCUUGGAUUUCUAUGAUUUAUUUCUUUUAGAUGUUUUAUACAGUGCUAGAUUAAAAAAAAAAAAAAAAAAAAAAAAACAUUGUUUUUUGACUGGCUUGAACCAAAGUGUAAUGAAAGCCUAGCUCUUAAGUAGACACUUUAAUAAGGUAUGGUUGUAACGUUUAGCACACAUGAUGAAGUCAGAAGACUAAAGCACCAGAUCAGCAGCACAGAUAUUCUUGUCACAAAAAGGAGAUUGCAACUAGAUGGCAUUUUUGACCUCUUGUUUUCUUAGGAUAGGAUUUUCUGUGAUUUUGUGGCACUAGAUUAAAACCGAACGUUUUAA